CUCGCAAUUCGUAGCAGCCUUCGCAAGGGCCACUCGACAUCCGACGUCGACGCUUGCCCAGUCCUGAAACAUUCCCACGCUCGUCUCAACACCCAACACACCCGUGUGCAUACCCGCUGUUGUGCUUGGGAACUGGAGCCUGUCAUACAAGCGAUUCGAUCCCCUUCUUGGGAGUGCCCGUUGGCCUUUCGGACUUCCUUUGGUAAAGAUACGACGACAAGUACAUCUCAGCAGGCUAACGGAGAUGGCUGCCCCUCCGCCGCCCACCCCCUUCGGGGCGCAUUAUGGCGCUGCACGUCCACCACCAUCGUACGUAGCUUCAGGUCCAUCGCCGGAGCUGUCGGAAGAGAAGCUGCAGGAAAAGGCGAAAAAAUGGGCUCAGAUGAAUGCUAAGCGUUAUGGCGAAAAGCGGAAGUUUGGGUUUGUGGAGCCUCAAAAGGAAAACAUGCCCCCAGAGCACAUUCGAAAGAUCAUCAAAGAUCACGGUGACAUGUCUAGCAAAAAGUUUCGACACGACAAACGGAUCUACCUUGGGGCUCUGAAAUACGUUCCGCACGCUGUACUGAAGCUCUUGGAAAACAUGCCUAUGCCGUGGGAGCAGGUCCGCGAAGUAAACGUACUGUACCACGUCACUGGAGCGAUUACGUUCGUCAACGAAGUGCCUUGGGUCAUAGAACCCGUGUAUGUAGCGCAGUGGGGAACGAUGUGGAUUAUGAUGAGGAGGGAAAAGAGGGAUCGUCGUCACUUUAAGCGUAUGAGGUUUCCGCCAUUUGACGAUGAAGAGCCGCCAUUGGAUUACGGGGACAACAUCAUCGAUGUCGAGCCGCUGGAAGCCAUCCAGAUGGAUCUGGAUGAAGAGGAAGAUGCUCCCGUUUACGACUGGUUCUACGACCACAAGCCACUCCUGGGCACAAAGUUCGUGAACGGCAGCAGCUAUAGGAAGUGGCACCUCAACCUGCCUAUCAUGUCGACACUGUACAGAUUGGCGCAUCAGCUUCUGUCUGAUCUCGUGGACCAGAACUACUUCUACCUGUUCGAUCUGAACGCUUUCUUUACGUCAAAGGCACUGAACAUGGCCAUCCCUGGCGGACCCAAGUUCGAGCCGCUGUUCAGGGACAUGGAUGCAGCAGAUGAGGACUGGAACGAAUUCAACGACAUCCACAAGAUCAUCAUCCGUCAGCCCAUUCGUACCGAAUACAAGGUCGCGUUCCCAUUCUUGUACAACUCCCGCCCUCGAUCAGUCCAUGUGUCAUGGUACCACUACCCUACCGUGGUCUAUGUUCGUUCAGAAGACCCUGACCUGCCCGCGUUCUACUUCGAUCCGAUCAUCAACCCCAUCUCCUCCCGCAACCUUCAAUCCAACGCAAAGGUCUCGCACGAGGACGAGCUUUUCGGAGACGCCGAUGAGGACGAAAGCUUUAGCCUUCCCGAAAGCGUGACCCCGUUCUUGGAAAGGCGCCCGCUGUACACAGACAACACAGCGAACGCCAUCGCGCUCUACUGGGCUCCUCAUCCCUUCGACAAGCGAAGCGGACGCACUCGUCGUGCGAUCGACAUCCCGUUGGUGAAGAACUGGUACCUCGAGCAUGUUCCCGCCGGCCAACCCGUCAAGGUCCGAGUGUCCUACCAAAAGCUGCUGAAAUGCUACGUCCUGAACGCAUUGAAGCACCGCCCGCCGAAAGCGAUGACCAAGAAGUACCUCUUCCGCCAACUGAAAGCGACCAAAUUCUUCCAGUCCACCGAACUGGACUGGGUCGAGGCCGGUCUGCAAGUCUGUCGCCAGGGCUACAACAUGCUCAACCUCCUCAUCCACCGUAAGAACCUCAACUACCUGCACCUGGAUUACAACUUCAACUUGAAGCCCGUCAAGACGCUCACGACCAAGGAACGGAAAAAGUCGCGCUUCGGAAACGCGUUCCAUUUGAUGCGUGAGAUCUUGAGGUUGACGAAGUUGGUUGUCGACUCGCAUGUGCAAUACCGCCUGGGGAAUGUGGAUGCGUUCCAGCUCGCGGAUGGGCUGCAGUAUAUCUUUGCGCAUGUUGGGCAGUUGACGGGGAUGUACCGUUACAAGUACCGUCUGAUGAGACAGAUCCGAAUGUGUAAAGAUCUCAAACACUUGAUCUACCACCGCUUCAACACCGGCCCUGUCGGCAAAGGCCCCGGCUGCGGUAUUUGGGCGCCCGGCUGGCGCGUGUGGCUCUUCUUCAUGCGCGGUAUCGUACCCCUCCUCGAGCGAUGGCUCGGGAACCUGCUAGCCCGUCAUUUCGAGGGCCGUCAGUCGAAGGGCAUUGCCAAAACCGUCACGAAACAAAGGGUGGAAUCGCAUUAUGAUCUGGAAUUGAGGGCGGCGGUUAUGCACGAUAUUUUGGAUAUGAUGCCCGAGGGGAUUAAGGCCAAUAAGUCAAGGACUAUUUUGCAGCAUUUGAGUGAAGCUUGGAGGUGCUGGAAAGCCAACAUCCCCUGGAAAGUCCCCGGCCUCCCGACCCCCAUCGAAAACAUGAUUCUCCGCUACGUCAAAUCCAAAGCGGACUGGUGGACCAGCGUCUCCCACUACAACCGCGAGCGAAUCCGUCGUGGCGCCACGGUCGACAAGACAGUAUGCAAGAAGAACCUGGGACGGCUUACGCGGUUGUGGUUGAAGAGCGAGCAGGAACGGCAGCAUAAUUAUUUGAAGGAUGGGCCGUAUAUCACGGCGGAGGAGGCUGUUGCGAUUUAUACUACGACUGUUCACUGGCUUGAGUCGAGGAAGUUUUCGCCCAUCCCUUUCCCGCCGCUUUCGUACAAACAUGACACGAAGUUGCUCAUUCUCGCACUGGAGCGAUUGAAGGAAGCUUACUCUGUUAAGGGACGAUUGAACCAGUCUCAGCGAGAGGAAUUGGGUCUUGUGGAACAAGCUUACGAUAAUCCUCAUGAAUGUUUGUCGAGAAUCAAACGAUUACUCCUCACCCAGCGCGCGUUCAAGGAAGUCGGCAUCGAGUUCAUGGAUCUCUACAGCCACCUCAUCCCGGUCUACGAUGUCGAACCCCUCGAGAAGAUCACGGAUGCCUAUCUUGAUCAAUAUCUGUGGUACGAGGCCGACAAACGCCAUUUGUUCCCGGCGUGGAUCAAGCCCGGUGACUCUGAGCCGCCACCGCUGCUCGUGUACAAGUGGUGCCAGGGCAUCAACAACCUGACGGAUGUCUGGGAGACGAGCGAUGGGGAGUGCAAUGUGAUGAUGGAGACGAAGCUGAGCAAGGUGUACGAGAAGAUCGAUUUGACGUUGUUGAACAGGCUGUUGCGGUUGAUUGUGGAUCACAACAUUGCGGAUUACAUGACGGCGAAGAACAACAUUGCCAUGACCUACAAGGAUAUGAACCACGUCAAUGCCUACGGUCUCAUUCGUGGUCUGCAAUUCGGUUCAUUCAUUUUCCAGUACUAUGGAUUGAUCCUGGAUCUGCUUAUCCUCGGUCUGCACCGUGCGAGCGAGAUGGCGGGUCCACCAGCGAUCCCCAACGACUUCCUCCAAUUCCGAGACGUCUCCACCGAAGUCCGCCACCCGAUCCGCCUCUACUCACGCUACAUCGACCGCAUCCACAUCCUCUUCCGUUUCACCGCCGACGAGUCCCGCGAUCUGAUUCAGCGGUACCUCACCGAACACCCCGACCCGAACAACGAAAACAUCGUAGGGUACAAUAACAAGAAAUGCUGGCCUCGUGAUUGCCGUAUGCGUCUCAUGAAGCAUGAUGUUAAUCUCGGACGAGCGGUGUUCUGGGAUAUCAAGAAUCGGCUCCCGCGGUCCCUCACCACCAUCGAGUGGGAGGAGAGUUUCGUAUCCGUGUACUCGCGCGAUAACCCCAACCUACUGUUCAGCAUGUCUGGAUUCGAGGUCCGCAUCCUCCCCAAAUUGAGGUCCAGCCAUGAAGAGUUCACCUUGAACGAGGGUGUGUGGAACCUGAUCAACGAGAGCACCAAGGAACGCACCGCGCAAGCGUUCCUGCGGGUCGACGAGGAGAGCUUGCAAAAGUUCCAUAACCGAGUCAGGCAGAUCUUGAUGGCGAGUGGAAGCACGACGUUUACGAAGAUUGUGAAUAAGUGGAAUACGGCGCUUGUGGGGUUGAUGACGUAUUACCGAGAAGCGGUUGUGCAUACGAGGGAGUUGUUGGAUCUGCUCGUCAAGGCGGAGAAUAAGAUUCAGACGAGGAUUAAGAUUGGGCUGAAUUCGAAGAUGCCGAGUAGGUUCCCCCCCGUGGUAUUCUAUACCCCGAAGGAACUCGGAGGCCUCGGCAUGCUCUCCAUGGGCCACGUCCUAAUCCCGCAAUCGGACCUCCGCUGGUCCAAACAAACCGAAACCGGCAUCACCCAUUUCCGCUCCGGGAUGUCCCACGAGGAAGACCAGACCAUCCCCAACUUGUACCGCUACAUCCAGCCCUGGGAAUCCGAGUUCAUCGACUCGCAGCGCGUGUGGGCCGAGUACGCGCUCAAGCGGCAGGAAGCUAACGCGCAGAAUCGACGUCUGACUUUGGAGGAUUUGGAGGAUUCGUGGGAUAGGGGUAUACCCAGGAUCAAUACGCUGUUCCAAAAGGAUAGGCAUACGCUUGCGUAUGAUAAGGGGUGGAGGGUGAGGACGGAUUUCAAGCAGUUUCAGGUUUUGAAGAAUAACCCGUUCUGGUGGACACACGCCAAGCAUGACGGAAAGCUGUGGAACUUGAACAACUACCGCACGGAUAUGAUCCAGGCGCUUGGUGGUGUGGAAGGUAUUUUGGAACACACGCUGUUCAAGGGGACUUACUUCCCUACCUGGGAAGGUCUUUUCUGGGAGAAGGCUUCCGGAUUCGAGGAAUCCAUGAAGUACAAGAAGCUGACGAAUGCCCAAAGAUCCGGUCUGAACCAGAUUCCCAAUCGUCGUUUCACGCUGUGGUGGUCGCCUACCAUCAACAGGGCCAACGUCUACGUCGGUUUCCAAGUGCAACUCGACUUGACGGGUAUCUUCAUGCACGGAAAGAUCCCGACCUUAAAGAUCUCCCUGAUUCAGAUCUUCCGAGCCCAUUUGUGGCAAAAGAUCCACGAGAGCGUCGUCAUGGAUCUUUGUCAGGUGUUUGACCAGGAGUUGGAGGCGUUGGAGAUUGAGACGGUGCAGAAGGAGACUAUCCACCCUCGGAAAUCUUAUAAGAUGAAUAGUUCGUGCGCGGAUAUCUUGCUGUUUGCCGCGUACAAGUGGAACGUGUCCAAGCCGUCGCUUCUGAACGAUACGAAGGACUCGUUCGAUGGGGCUACGACGCAGAAGUACUGGGUGGAUGUCCAGCUGCGGUGGGGUGACUUUGACUCGCACGAUAUUGAGCGAUACACGAGGGCCAAGUUCUUGGAUUACACCACGGAUAACAUGUCCAUCUACCCCUCGCCUACGGGAGUCAUGAUCGGCAUCGACCUCGCCUACUCCCUGCACAGCGCCUAUGGAAACUGGUUCCCUGGCAUGAAGCCGCUCGUGCAGCAGGCGAUGGCCAAGAUCAUGAAGGCCAAUCCGGCCCUCUACGUCCUCCGCGAGCGUAUCCGUAAAGGAUUGCAGCUGUACUCGUCAGAGCCGACGGAGCCGUACCUGUCGUCGCAGAACUAUGGGGAGCUGUUCUCGAAUCAGAUUAUCUGGUUUGUGGACGAUACCAAUGUUUACCGUGUGACUAUUCACAAGACGUUUGAAGGGAAUUUGACCACCAAACCCAUCAACGGUGCCAUUUUCAUCUUCAACCCACGGACGGGACAACUGUUCUUGAAGAUCAUUCACACCUCCGUCUGGGCUGGGCAGAAGCGUUUGGGACAGUUGGCGAAAUGGAAGACGGCUGAAGAAGUCGCGGCCUUGAUUCGAUCGCUGCCUGUUGAAGAGCAGCCGAAGCAAAUUAUUGUUACGAGGAAAGGGAUGUUGGAUCCGUUGGAAGUUCACUUGCUCGACUUCCCCAACAUUGUGAUCAAGGGAUCCGAGCUGCAGAUGCCUUUCCAGGCCUGUCUGAAGAUCGAGAAGUUCGGAGAUCUGAUCUUGAAGGCCACGGAACCACAAAUGGUUCUGUUCAACCUGUACGACGACUGGCUACGGACCAUCUCGAGUUACACGGCUUUCUCGCGUCUUAUCCUGAUCCUCCGUGCGUUGCAUGUGAACAACGAAAAGACGAAAAUCAUUCUUCGACCUGACAAGUCUAUCGUUACGGAGCCGCAUCACAUCUGGCCCACGCUCACCGAUGAGGAGUGGAUCAAGGUCGAAGUGCAGCUGAAGGACUUGAUCCUUGCUGACUACGGCAAGAAGAACAAUGUCAACGUCGCGUCCCUGACGACUUCCGAAGUGAGGGACAUCAUCUUGGGAAUGGAGAUCUCUGCUCCGUCGUUGCAACGGCAGCAGAUUGCGGAGAUUGAGAAGCAGACGCAGGAUUCGACGCAGUUGACGGCGGUCACGACCAAAACGCAAAACAUCCACGGUGACGAGAUGAUUGUCACCACCACGUCGAACUACGAGACGCAGACCUUCUCCUCAAAGACCGAAUGGCGUGUGCGUGCCAUUGCGUCGACGAACUUGCAUCUCAGGACGAACCAGAUCUAUGUCAAUACGGACGAGAUCCGUGAGACGGGAUACACGUACAUUCUGCCCAAGAAUGUGUUCAAGCGGUUCAUCUGCGUCUCCGAUCUGAGAACGCAGAUAGCUGGGUUCAUGUACGGUGUUACCGCACCUGGCAACCAGCAAGUCAAGGAGAUCCGCGCCAUCGUCCUCGUUCCGCAAUGGGGUACUCACCAGCAAGUGCAUUUGCCGCACAUGCUGCCUGAGCACGAGUACCUGAAAGACUACGAGCCCCUCGGGUGGAUCCACACGCAGCCGAACGAGUUACCCCAACUCAGCCCGCUCGACGUGACGAUGCACGCCAAGAUCAUGGCGGACAACAAAGGCUACUGGGACGGCGACAAGACUAUCAUCAUGACCUGCUCCUUCACGCCCGGAUCCUGCUCACUGGCGGGUUACAAGCUCACCCCCGCCGGCUUCGAGUGGGGCCGCAACAACAAAGACAUGGGCGUCAACCCACAGGGGUACCUGCCGUCCCACUACGAACGCGUGCAGAUCAUCCUCUCGGACCGCUUCCUCGGAUUCUUCAUGGUCCCCGAAGGCGACGGCGUGUGGAAUUACAACUUCAUGGGCGCGAAACAUCGCACUGACAUGAAGUACACAGUCACGAUCGACACACCCAAGGAGUUUUACCACGAGGUGCAUCGGCCGAGUCAUUUCUUGAACUUUAGCGGGUUGGAGGAGUCGGGGCUGGGAGCUGUUGGCCAGGGCGUGGCUGCUAGUAAUGAAGCGGAGUUGGAGGAUCAGUUUGCGUGAGGGGGGGAUGGCUAUUCAUGGCCUGUGCGAUUCAAGUAGUGGGGAUGUUUGGGAGGGAGGGUAAAUAUCAGUGUUGUCAGCUGUAGCUUCCCUUGCCUCUGUUCUGUAAUUUAGUCUUUUCGAUUGUGUUUAUUUUGAUUAUGUAUUUUGAGCGACUUUUAUUGCCUACCAUGAGGACAUUUAUGAGUUGCUGCUCGGUUGAGUUGCUGCUCGGUGUUGGGUGUCCUUGAGGACUUUGGAACUUAUGCUGUGCCGCUCUUAAAGGCCGUUUCUCA